AUGGCCGACUCGCAGGCUUAUCAGGGCGACGCCGCACUCACAAAUGCCGAGUACCACAUUCGACAGCUUCGUGACUCUCUCAAAGCCGAGCAGGACUACCUCAAAAAGCUGCCCCGAGACGGCCAUAACUUUUUCGUCAACGCUCAAAUCCACACAACUAGGCGCAAGAUUGCGUCUCUCUGCGAGCAGAUCGAUGCUGCCGAGAAGAGCAAGUGGCGCAUCGCAACGCGAUUUCCAGAGGCGCGCAUCACCGCCGAUCGGCCCAACGAUUCGUUCUCGCGGUUCUACGGCCAUCGUACAUAUCCAUCCGCGUAUCACGAAGGAAAUGCGCCGGUCCAAGUAGGGACUGGGUAUGAGACAGGCUCUCCCGAGAGCCAUCGUGCCAUCCGCCCCGAUGGUCUAUACAGCCAUCAAACCCGCCAGCCCGGGUUCCCGUCGCACAUUCCUGGCGAUAUGGCGUCCUCAAGCCACGGUUCAGGUUACGGGCAGAGCGACUUACGGUCACGGAGCAAGCGCGACCUGAGCAGCGUCCAAGGUGCACAUGACGCCAUGAGCCCCGGUCGCAGCAAGCGUCAGGCGUUCGUUGGCAGCCGCCGUAGCUCAACUGCUAGCGACAGUUCUGUUAUGGAUCUAACACAAGCCGACGAUAAGAUAGAGGCUGCCGUCGCACAGAAAAGAUCCAAGACCGAGACUCGUCGCCAGGGCCUCACCAACCCCAUGACCAGUUCUCCCAUUUUCCUGGAAGAGCGCUUGGUCAGACCAGAGCCCUCCCGGUCGAGCUCUCCAGUGCCAGCCUCUCUGUUUGGGCACCAACCAAGCUGGAGAGCUCCCAACAAUGGCGCUAUGAACAUCAUGGGCCGCGAUGGUUCGCAGCGGCAGCAGCCGGCACUCACGGGGCUGGCCGCAACAAUCCAGCGCACAAGUCAAAUCGAUUUCAAUACCAUGACAUACGGAAGCGGAGAUGCUCUAGAAGAGAAUACACAACGAGAUCUGCAUCGCAUAUUGGAAAUUGACUCUCCUGGAUCAGCCUAUCAACGACAGGCAAACAUUGGCGAGGAGGAAAGACAGCGUCAACAUAUUGAGCAGUUUGUCCGCACCCUCGGAGCUGAGACUCCGGAUGACCAGCAGGUUGAUGUGCCACCUGGCUUGCGUUAUCCCUUAUACGCUCAUCAGAAACAGGCCCUGACCUGGAUGAAGAAACAGGAAGCAAGUGCCCGCAAAGGCGGAAUCUUGGGCGACGAUAUGGGUCUGGGAAAGACCAUCUCAACCUUGGCAUUGAUGAUAGCAAAUCCCGCUAAGAACGGUAGUCGAACUACGCUUAUUGUCGCUCCCCUUUCUCUCGUCAGACAGUGGGAGGAAGAGAUAAAAGACAAGUUGUUGCCGGACCACCAGCUCAGCAUUUGCAUCUUCCACGAAAACAACCGACCAUGCGCAGACGAACUGAUGCGACACGACGUAGUCCUGACAACGUACCAGACUCUAUGCAGCGAACACAAGAAAGUGACCACCUUCUGGACGCAAGCCGCGGGUCGCAACGUCGACCAAGAUAACGAUGCCUUGCUUGCCCAGAGCGUCAGACUUUUCCACCCUACUAAAAGCAUGUUCCACCGCAUCGUUCUCGACGAAGCUCAGAUGAUCAAAAAUCGAAAGGGCAAGACCUCCCUUGCUGCUACUGCAUUGAUGGCAAAGCACCGAUGGUGCCUCACGGGUACACCCAUGAUGAAUACUCUACACGAAAUCUACCCCUUUUACCGGUUUCUACAAAUCGAACCCUAUAACGACUGGGCAAUAUUCCACCGCACCUUCGGGCCCCUCAAGAAGGGUGCGAAUCCUGGCCCGGCCUUGAACGCCUUUAGGGUGCUCCUUCAGAAGACCAUGCUCCGACGUGACAAGAAGUCAGAGAUCAACGGGCAGCGUAUUUUGCAGCUCCCUGAGAAGACUGAAGAGAUCGUCCACAUCGAGUUGGAAGGAGAGCAGCUGCAAUACUACAAAGCCGUCACAGAGAACGCCCAAGUCAUCUUCAAUGCUUAUAUCAGGGAGGGCACUUCGCACAAGCAAUACUCGGUCUUGCUCGUCCAGCUGCUACGGAUGAGACAGGCAGUUUGUCAUCCUCACCUCGUGCUCGAUGAUGAAGAAAGCGUGCCCCUGGAUCGCGACAAGGAAGCGGCUUUGGAACUUGCCGUGACACUCAAAGCGCCAGUUGUCAAGCGUCUCAUCGAGCAGGUGCGCGGAGCUAUGGAAUCUCUGGAAGGCUUUGACUGUCCUGUCUGCCUGGACAAGAUUCCCAACCCUGCAAUCCCCUUCCCAUGCGGACACUACAUGUGUUCUGACUGUCUCCGCACUCAUGUUGAAAACGGCGAGCGUGAUAAUAUCCGCCGCGGUGAGAACGUGCAACAGAUUAGGUGCGCUGUCUGCCGUGAACCACUGGAGACGGAGAAAGUCAUUGAUCUCUCGACCUUCAAGCUGCUUCACAUGCCUGAGCUUCUCGACGCAGAGGUGAACCACGCCAAUGGGGAACGGGAGGAAAUCGAUACUAGCGGAGGUGAAGAAUCUGACGAGUUCUCAUCCGAUGACGAGGAAGAAAAUGCGGAUGAUGUCGACGCCAGAGGCAAUCUCCAAGGCUUCGUAGUUGACGAUGAGGAUGACGAGUCAUCUACUGCAGGUGCCCCUUCGCGUUACAUCAAGGCAAAACAGCAGGCCAAAAGCAAGCGUGCUACAACCAAGAACAAACAGGCAAAGCCGAAGGGUCCAAGGCGUAAAGUCAAGGCGACGAUGCUCAAGGCACUUCGCAAGUCGGCGAAGAGAUCGGCCCAGGAUGGCCGCGACUACCGCCGCUACCUGUCAAAACACUGGAUGACUUCAGCUAAAGUACAGGCCUGUGUCGACCUCAUCAAGCAGAUCAGAGAUGAAUCGGAUGGACGGGCCAAGACUUUGAUCUUUUCCCAGUGGACCAUGUUUAUUGACCUGAUGGAAAUCGCUCUACAAAAGGACGAAGAGCUCAAACAUGUUGGCCAUGUGCGCUACGACGGCGAUAUGAACAUGAAGGAUCGCUUUAAGUCUGCUCAAAGGUUCCGCGAGAAUCCCAGGACCAAGCUCAUGUUGAUUUCCCUCAAGGCCGGAAACGCAGGUCUCAACCUUGUCCAGGCGUCCCGCGUCAUUAUUUUGGAUCCGUUCUGGAACCCAUUUGUCGAGAUGCAGGCCGUAGAUCGCGUCCACCGCAUCGGACAGCAGAACGAGGUUAAGGUCUACCGUAUUCUCGUCAAAGAUUCGGUCGAGGAUCGCAUCAUGGAAAUUCAGACGAAGAAGCGGGAAGCUAUCGAGGCCGCCCUUGAUGGUAAGGCCAGCAAGGGCAUGGGUCUCAGUAUGGCGGAUCUUCGCCACCUCUUCGGGUUCUGA